AUGAUGGAGUACCGUUCUGCCUUGCUUGUCCUUCUGGGUGUUUGCGCGCUCCAAACUUUGGCAUAUGGCACCAGACACAGGCUAGAGGACUCCGCUCCCAGAAUCGUUGAGCAUCCAUCAGACCUAAUAGUUUCCAAAGGCGAACCGGCCACUCUGAACUGCAAAGCCGAAGGUCGUCCCACUCCGAUCAUAGAAUGGUACAAAGAUGGGGAGCGCGUUGACACAGAUCGAGAAGACCCCAGAUCGCACCGGAUGCUUCUUCCCAGCGGGGCGCUCUUCUUCCUCCGGAUCGUCCACGGCCGGAGGAGCAAGCCGGACGAGGGCGUGUACGUGUGCGUGGCUCGGAACUACCUGGGAGAGGCCGUCAGCCGGAACGCAUCGCUGGAGGUGGCAAUCUUGAGGGACGACUUCAGACAGACCCCCAGCGAUGUCGUGGUGGCAGCAGGAGAACCAGCGGUCAUGGAGUGCAUCCCACCCAGAGGCCACCCGGAGCCCACCAUCUCCUGGAAGAGGAACAACAUCAAAGUGAACGACCGCGACGAGAGGAUCACGAUUCGAGGGGGGAAGCUGAUGAUUUCCAACACGAGGAAAAGCGAUGCCGGGAUGUACGUGUGCGUUGGAACCAACAUGGUGGGAGAGAAGGACAGUGACCCCGCAGAGCUGGUGGUAUUUGAGAGGCCAGUGUUCACCAAGCAGCCCGUGAAUCAGGUGGUGUUGGCAAAUGACACGGUGGACUUUUUCUGCGAGGUGUACGGGGACCCCACGCCGACCAUGCGCUGGAGAAGAGACGAGGGGGAGCUGCCCCGGGGAAGAUUUGAGAUCCGCAGCGACAACAGCUUGCGCUUAACUCAGGUGCGGGCCGAGGACGAGGGCACUUACACCUGUGUUUCGGAGAACAGCGUGGGCAAAGCCGAGGCCUCUGGGACGUUGCAAGUUCACGUCGGCCCAUCCCUGCCGCCUCAGAUCGUGGUGAGGCCUCGGGACCAGAUCACAGCCCCUGGACGGACUGUGACCUUCCUCUGCGGGACUAAGGGCAACCCACCGCCGGCUGUGUUCUGGCAGAGAGAAGGGAGCCAGAUCCUGCUGUUCCCAGUGCAGGAGGCAGCACCGGCAAGUCGGUUUUCAGUGUCUCUGACCGGUGAGCUGACCAUCCUCGAUGUCCAGGUCGAAGACUCCGGUUACUACAUUUGCCAAGCCAUCAGUGUGGCGGGCAGCAUCCUCACCAAAGCUCUGCUCGAAGUGGAAAGUGCCCCGUCUGACCGCGUCCCUCCCAUCAUACGCCAGGGUCCAGCCAAUCACACGCUCGCCCGGGGAUCCACUGCCCAGCUGCACUGCCACAUCCUGGGCAACCCCUUACCCAGCAUCCAAUGGGAGAAGGACGGCCAACGUAUCCUCGGAAACGACGGCCGCGUCAGUCUCAUGGAGAACGGCACCUUCCAGAUCACCAACCUCCAGGAAACGGACUCUGGCUUGUACACCUGCGUGGCUUCCAGUUCCAGCGGAGAGACGAGCUGGAGUGGGGUGCUUACUGUGAAAGAGAGCGCAGAUUCGUCAGGAGCACAAACCACAGAGCCUUUUCAGUUGCCAGGCCCUCCGCACAAACCCAUAGUGACGGACGUGUCAAAGAAUAGUGUCAGCCUGACCUGGCAACCCAACGCGCACGAGGGUGGAGCGGCUGUCACUUCGUACAUCAUCGAGGCGUUCAGCCAAUCUGCCGGAAGUACAUGGCAGACCGUCGCCGACAAUGUCAAAAUGGAAACUCACACCAUAACUGGACUUCUGCCCAACACAAUCUACCUUUUCAUCGUCCGAGCAGUCAACGCAUACGGCCUCAGCGACCCGAGCCCCAUAUCAGAGCCAGUGAGAACGCAAGAUGUGAGUCCAACCGGGCAAGGAGUGGAUCACAGACAAGUGCAGAGGGAAUUAGGAGAAGUGGCGGUGCAGCUUCAAGAGCCCGCCAUUCUCUCCACCUCCUCCGUGCGGGUGGCUUGGAGCGUGGACAGGCAGUCGCAGUAUGUCCAGGGGUACCGGCUCUUCUACCGCCCCAUCGGAGGGAACUGGCUCCUGCAGGACAUCAACUCCCCGUCGGAGCGCAACAUUGUCCUCUCCAGUCUGCUCAAAGGGACCGAGUACGAAGUCAAGAUACGGCCGUACUUUGACGAAUUCCAGGGCAAGGACAGUCGGACAGUGGUGGUCCGGACGCCUGAAGAAGUCCCCAGCGCCCCGCCCAGAGGUGUAACCGUGGCCACAGUGAAGCACGGCAACAGCUCCAGCAUCAGCGUCUCCUGGGAGCCCCCGCCUAGCGACCGGCAGAACGGGAUCAUCCAGGAGUACAGGGUGUGGUGCGUGGGCAGUGGCGCCGACAACCAGAGCCGGUUCCACAUAAACCGCACGGUGGACGGCAGCAGCCUGAGCGCCGUGCUGAAGGGGCUGCUCCCAGGGGUGCUGUACCAGGUGGAGGUGGCCGCAGUGACCGGAGCAGGGGUGGGCACGCGGAGUCAGCCGGUGUCGGUGAUGUUCAAACUCCCGGCAGAGCACCCUUCUUCGAGCGGAGACAAGAGCGACAGCAGCAACAGCGCAGAGGAGGGCAGCGUGAGCCUGGCCGAGCAGAUCACAGACGUGGUCAAGCAGCCCGCCUUCAUCGCAGGCAUCGGGGGGGCCUGCUGGGUCAUCCUCAUGGGCUUCAGCGUGUGGAUCUACUGCCGCCGCAAGAAGAGGAAGGAGCUGAGCCACUACACUGCCUCCUUCGCCUACACUCCAGCAGUUGGGUUCCCUCACGGCGAAGGAUCAGGACUCAAUGGAAGGCCCGGUGUGAUGGGAGGAGGGAUGGGGAACUACCCCUGGCUGGCCGACUCAUGGCCCACCACCAACCUGGUCCACAGCGGCAAAGAGGCGGUGAACUGCGGCACCACCAACCACAACUCAGCCGAGCGCUACUACAACGAGAGCGGCAUCUCCAACUACCUGAACCAGACGGAGAAGUACAGCAUCGGCGGCUCCACAGAAGGCCCCAUCUACAGCACCAUCGACGCCACCGCGGAGGACCUGCACUGUUUCAACUACACCCAGCACGCCUCCACCGCGCCCUACGCCUCCACCUCCAUCAUGCCCUUCAGCGGCCAGAGCCAGGCCCCGCCCCCUCCCCCUCACAGCGGCGAGAGCACACCGGGGGAGGGGCACUGGAUCAUACAGCCGGGACCCUCCUCGCAGUACGCCCAGCCGGACCGCUGCAAUGGUAUGCAAGGCAAACCCAAGCAAAAGCCCAUUGGUAAAGCCGUGAAAACCCCGUCCCUCACUUGGAUGGAGUCGCUGCCCCCUCCUCCCCCCCCCGGAGACCUGGACCACUGCGACCCCGACGACCUGCCUUCAGAGCACGAGGAAAUGGACAUCGGACCGUACGUUUUGGGCACCUGCAGUUCUGACGAGGAGGAGGAGUGGUGCCCUCCGCUCCCAGAGAGGACGUACCUGAUGGAGGGCUCUGAGGACCCCUCCUGUCCCCGGAACAACGCCUCCUCCCCCGCCACCUCCUACAGCCACCAGUCCACCGCCACCCUGACCCCUUCCCCCCACGAGGAGCCACGGCUGCCCCACGACUUACCUCGCUUCAACGCCCCCGACAGUCAGCAGCUAGCGCGCAGACGGUUGCCCUGCAGUCCAGUGCCUGCCCCUACAGCCCUCACCCAGUCCAACCCCAACCUCUGUGGCCCCGCCCACCUCGCCAUAACCGAGGCUGGCACACUGCCCUGCCCAAGCCCCGCCCAUCGCAACUUUAACAGCCUGGGGGCGGGACAAACCGACGACAGCAGUGCCGCGAGCACUCCCGUCCACUGCCGGUCCCCCGCAGACGCAUGCUCUCCCUCAAGUCAGAAAUCCAAAGUGAAGAAAAAGAGCUCCAAAGCGACGGGAUACAGGCGAGAUUUACAAGGAGACCUGCCCCCUCCCCCUGAGCCCCCGCCUGCAGAGGUGCGGUUGCAGAGCUGUGCGGAGACGUCCAAUUUGGCCAACGGCGCCUUGUCCUCUUUGGAGAGAAGUGAGCACGGAAGUCACCAAAGGAAAGGCUCCAGACAAGAUGACGAGAUUAUUCCGUACGGCAGUAAAAGCGGAUAUCUCUCUCGGAAUCAGAUGUCCGGUAACUGUUCGACCACGGGAAGCUCUUCGUCCAGAGGCUCCACAGGCUCCCGGGGGCCCGGCUCCAACCGCAAACACACAGAGGAAAUGAGAUAA